UACUCUUUGCCUUGUUUCGAAUGCACCUCUGUUUCCUUUCAAAUAUAAAGAUUUCAUUGGUUUUGUGUGCUUCCAUUAGAGUUUGAGCUAUAUUUUAAUUGUUUCUUUCCAUCGCUGUUCUCUGUUCUUUUGUAUGAUGGUAUUUUACGGAUCUUGAUUAAGUGAAGUUCGGUUUCUUCGUUUCCGGUUGAGAAAAGACUGUACAGUCGAGUUCAAAUUGCUAAAGAACUUAAAAGAGUGCAAACUGUUUAUCAUCCAAAUGGGAGAUGUGGCGAAAGAUCUUGCUGCUGGGACUCUUGGGGGAGCAGCUCAAUUGAUAUGUGGGCACCCGUUUGAUACAAUUAAGGUCAAGCUCCAAAGCCAACCUGCCCCCCUUCCUGGCCAACGUCCCAAAUAUUCUGGAGCUAUGGAUGCUCUGAGACAAACUUUAGCUUCAGAAGGCCCAAGAGGUUUGUACAAAGGUAUGGGAGCUCCAUUGGCUACAGUUGCUGCACAAAAUGCUGUUCUCUUCACUGUCAGGGGACAACUAGAGUCCUUCUUUAGGCCUUAUCCUGGUGCCUCCCUUGAAGUUAACCAACAAGUGGUUUGUGGGGCUGGGGCUGGCGUUGCUGUAUCUCUUGUAGCUUGUCCAACAGAGUUGAUCAAGUGCAGACUGCAAGCUCAGAGUGCAUUAGCAACAUCCAGUUCAGUUGGUGUGGCAGUGAAGUAUGGUGGUCCAGUGGAUGUAGCCAAGCAUGUUAUCCAAUCGCAUGGAGUGAAGGGCCUUUUCAAGGGUUUGGUUCCAACUUUGGCAAGAGAGGUGCCUGGGAAUGCAGUAGUUUUUGGUGUAUAUGAAAUGCUCAAACAGCACUUUGCUGGAGGUCGAGACACUUCUAAUCUGGGCAGAGGGUCUCUGAUGGUGGCUGGUGGUGUAUCUGGAGCUGCAUUCUGGCUAGCUGUGUAUCCAACUGAUGUGAUAAAGAGUGUGAUUCAAGUGGAUGAUUUCAAGAACCCAAAGUUCUCUGGUUCUAUGGAUGCGUUCAGAAAAAUCAUGGCCUUAGAAGGAGUGAAAGGGCUAUACAGAGGUUUUGGACCUGCCAUGGCUCGUAGUGUCCCAGCUAAUGCAGCAUGCUUCUUGGUAUACGAAAUCACCAGAUCUAGUUUAGGUUAAUUAAACAAUUCUUUUGGAACUUCUUGUCCUCUAUGUGUCUGGAUGCUUAUUGGUUAUACCCCAUUUGAUUCGAGUUGGGUACGACGAGAAAUAAAAUUAACUCAUUAACUCUUGCAUUUCA